GUCACACCAUCUGCGGCCCAGUCGUUACUGUUUAAAUAAAUUUAAUAUUGGGUUGAGAAACUCAUUUGCUCUGCCGUCAUCCUAGGGAGUAAAGCAGGAACGUGAACAAAUAAUACGUAUGUAGUAGCUUUCGGUUGCUUGGCCGCCGUUAGAUUACAAAUAUUUCUAAGUUUCGUGUAUCAAGCCUGAGCAGCCGUUAACUCGCCUGCAGCACAUCUACACACCAAUAUCAACAACCAAUUAAUUAUUACUUUGUUUAAUAGUCGACAAAUGUGAUCUAUAUAGACAUAUUUGUAGCCUGAUCGUUGCAGCCAUUAUUAUCCAUCGAAUAAUAUCACCACCAACAUUAUUCAAAAUUAUUCCUUACGUAAUAAUGUAACGAUUAGAUUCACGCACUCGCAGCUUUUUAAAAUCGUCAACAUCUUUAUUGUAUUUCUGAAUGAAAUGAAUAAUGGUACAAUUAAACACGGCUACAUUACCAUCUUCAUUUUAACGUAAUACUGAAAUCAAACAUUCUGAAUAAUGAAUCAAGUUAUUUUUCCCUCGUGUACAGAUUAUCCUGGUGUAUCUAAAGAGUCUUGACUAAAUUCUUUAUCACACUGAAACAUAGUUUGGGAUGAUCUUUUUCGGCCUUUUCCCAAUCCUUCGUCGCCAUCACUUCGCUGGAGAAAUUACGGAAGAAUUCGACCGCGUACUUCCUCAAAUGAAACACCGGAUGAUUUUCUUCGAUAUUUAUCGGUGGCUGCAAGUAUUCCGGCGGACAUCUUCUUCAUCGUUGACUCCGACAGACGACCAGUGUAGAGAAAGCGGAGGAUUUCACCAAACACGACUGAAUCAACGUCUUCAAUUUCUACUUGAUAUUUUCAUCACCUUUCGGAGCCGACAACCCGACGUCAGUAAACUCUUCUUGGUUUUUCCCUUUUCAUGUGUCCUGGUGUACAUUCAUGUGAAGGUGAGUGUAUUCACGAGGACUUCCUUCCGCUUUUCCUACCUGACAUUGCGACUUUCCAGUUACGUUCGACUUCCUCAUCCAUUUAAGUGUUGGUACCACGUCGGGCACCCUUUCUACAACCAGAACGAUGACCAGCAACACUUUGAAAAGUCUUUUAUACGUCAUCACAUUCAAAAUAACUAACUAUAAAUAACUAUAUUAUACCGUCUAAACGAGUAGGCCUAUAGCUGUGAUUCGUUUGACAAUGUAUUCGAAAAAUU